CCCCGCCCUUGCGCUUCUCCGCUUCAGCUUCUGCUGUCCUUCCCACUGGCUCACGCCUCCCUUGCCGGGGUCCCCACUCGUCGCCGGCUGAGCCCCCCGCCACCCCCGGAGGCCCGGUCAAGACGCAGCGCGGGCAAUCAGUGCGCAGCCGGGCGUCCUCACCGAGCCGGAUCGCCGGCUGGGACCGAAGCCGACCGGCCCGCCGCCAGCCAGGUGCCAUGCUGCUGCUCCUGCUGGGUUUCCUCGCCCCGGUGGCCUGCUGGGCACUGGGCCCUGCUGGCCCAGGCUCCUCGGAGCUGCGGUCAGCCUUCUCGGCGGCUCGCACUACCCCUCUGGAGGGCACGUCGGAGAUGGCGGUGACCUUCGACAAGGUGUAUGUGAACAUCGGGGGUGACUUCGACGCAGCCACCGGGCAGUUCCGCUGUCGCGUGCCCGGCGCCUACUUCUUCUCCUUCACGGCCGGCAAGGCCCCGCAUAAGAGCCUGUCGGUGAUGCUGGUGCGCAACCGCGACGAGGUGCAGGCGCUGGCCUUCGACGAGCAGCGGCGGCCGGGCGCGCGGCGCGCCGCCAGCCAGAGCGCCAUGCUGCAGCUCGACUACGGCGACACGGUGUGGCUGCGGCUGCACGGCGCCCCGCAGUACGCGCUCGGCGCGCCCGGCGCCACUUUCAGCGGCUACCUGGUGUACGCUGACGCCGACGCCGACGCCGACGCGCCUGCGCGCGGAGCCGCGCCUCCGGAGCCGCGCUCGGCCUUCUCUGCGGCGCGCACGCGCAGCCUGGUGGGCUCGGACGCGGGCCCCGGACCGCGCCACCGGCCGUUGGCCUUCGACACCGAGCUGGUAAACAUAGGUGGCGACUUCGACGCGGCGGCCGGCGUGUUCCGGUGCCGCCUACCGGGAGCCUAUUUCUUCUCCUUCACGCUGGGCAAGCUGCCGCGCAAGACGCUGUCGGUGAAGCUGAUGAAGAACCGCGACGAGGUGCAGGCCAUGAUUUACGACGACGGCGCUUCGAGGCGCCGUGAGAUGCAGAGUCAGAGCGUGAUGCUGCCACUGCGGCGCGGCGACGCCGUCUGGCUGCUUAGCCACGACCACGAUGGCUAUGGCGCCUACAGCAACCACGGCAAGUACAUCACUUUCUCCGGCUUCCUGGUGUACCCUGACCUCGCCGCUGCCGGCCCGCUGGCCCUCAAGCCCCCAGAGCUCUGAGCGUCGGCUUGGAAGAGCCCGGGAGAGCCGUGGGGCAUGCAUGCCGAGCCAGGACCGCGGCCCGAACGCCCCACCAGCCCGAGCAUGACUGCCUGCCCAGCACGCCUGGACUCUGUUAAUAAAGUGAGGCUGCCAGUCAGCCUUAUGGUCCUGCCCUGUGUCA